AUCCCCACAUCCUGCUCCACUGGGUCAAGUCCCUCUUGGAUCGGCUCUUGUCCAUCAUUUGCUGAAGUGGACCAACUGGUGCUCCAGUGGGGGAUGUACCCCAGGAAUUUAACUUUGUCGGUGCUCAGACUUCCAAUGAAGAUGGCCUUGCCCGGGAAUCCUGCUUGUUCCAUCAUCAUCUAAUUAUGGGACGAGGUUGCGCCAGCAGGUCUGGAGGCAGGAGAACGGGGCUAAUCAAGCCAUCCAGGAAGCGCUGGAGGACUUGUCCAGCCUUAAAGGACUCUAGCGAUUUCUGCAUCUAGCCCAUGCUGAUGGUAAGCAUGAUGCAACUUCUGAAACUUCUGCUGGGGCUUUGGGGACCAAGCAGCUACUUAUUCCUCUCAGGGGGUUGUCAGGGGGUGGCCACUCUCAUGGUGAAAUACCAAGUGUCAGAGGAAGUGCCAUCUGGGACGGUGAUAGGGAAGCUGUCCGGGGAACUGGGCUGGGAGGAGGAGCGUGGGCAAGCAGGGGCCGCCUUCCAGAUCUUGCAGCUGUCCCAGGCGCUUCCCAUUCAGGUGAACCCUGAGGAUGGCUUGCUCAGCACUGGGGGGCGGCUGGAUCGAGAGCAGCUCUGCAAGCACCAGGACCCCUGCCUGGUUUCCUUUGACGUGCUUGUCACGGGGGGUUUGGCUCUGAUUCAUGUGGAGAUCCAGGUGCUGGACAUCAAUGACCAUCAGCCAGAGUUUCCCAAAGGUGAGCAGGAGCUGGAAAUCUCUGAGAGUGCCUCUCUGCACACUAGGAUUCCCCUAGACAGAGCUCGCGAUCCUGACACCGGCCCUAACACCCUGCACUCCUACACCCUGUCUCCCAGCGAGCACUUUGCCCUGGAUGUCAUCGUGGGGCCUGAUGAGACCAAACAUGCAGAACUCGUAGUGGUGAAGGAGCUAGACCGGGAAAUCCAGUCUUUUUUUGAUCUGGUAUUAACCGCCUAUGACAAUGGGAAUCCCCCCAAGUCAGGCACUAGCUUAGUCAAGGUGAAUGUUCUAGACUCCAAUGAUAACAGCCCCACGUUUGCUGAGAGUUUGCUGGCAGUAGAAAUCCAAGAAGACACUGCUCCUGGUACUCUGCUCAUAAACUUGACUGCCACAGACCCUGACCAAGGCCCCAAUGGGGAGGUGGAAUUCUUUCUCAGUGAACACAUGCCCCGAGAGGUGCUAGAUACCUUCAGUAUUGAUGCCAAGACAGGCCAGGUCUUUCUGCUUCGAUCCCUAGACUAUGAGAAGAAUUCCGCCUAUGAGGUAGAUGUCCAAGCAAGGGAUCUGGGUCCCAAUUCUAUCCCAGCCCAUUGCAAAGUUCUCGUCAAGGUUCUGGACAUCAAUGACAAUGCCCCAAGGAUCCACAUCACAUGGGUGUCCCAACCGUCACAGGUGUCAGAAGCUCUCCCCAAGGACAGUUUUGUUGCUCUUAUCAUGACAGAGGACUUGGACUCAGGAAACAAUGGUCUGGUUCACUGUUGGCUGAACCAAGAGCAAAACCACUUCAGGCUGAAAAGGAAUAAUGGCAACACAUACAUGCUACUAACCAAUGCCACGCUGGACAGAGAGCGGUGGCCCAAAUACACCUUCACUCUGUUAGCCCGAGACCAAGGGCCCCAGCCCUUAUCAGCCAAGAAGCAGUUCAGCAUUCAGAUCAAUGAUGCCAAUGACAAUGCCCCUGUGUUUGAGAAGAGCAGGUAUGAGGUCUCCACUCGGGAAAACAACCUCCCUUCUCUUCCCCUCAUUACCGUCAAGGCUCAUGAUGCAGACUUGGACAUGAAUGGAAAGGUCUCAUACCGUAUUCAGCACUCCCCCGUUUCUCACCUGGUAGCUAUCGACUCAGACACUGGAGAGGUCUCUGCUCAGAGAUCACUGGACUAUGAAGAGAUGCCCAGCUUUGAGUUCCAGGUGAUCGCGGAGGACUGGGGACAGCCCCGACUCUCAUCCAGCAUCUCUGUGCGGGUCAGCCUUCUGGAUGCCAACGAUAAUGCCCCAGAGGUGAUCCAGCCUGUGCUCAGUGAUGGAAGAGCUAGCCUCUCAGUGCUUGUAAAUGCCUCCACAGGCCACCUGCUGGUGCCCAUUGAGACUCCCAAUGGCUUGGGUCCAGCAGGCACUGACACACCAGCACUGGCCACCCACAGCUCCCGGCCAUUCCUUUUGGUGACCAUUGUGGCAAGAGAUGCAGACUCAGGAGCAAAUGGAGAGCUCUUCUACAGCAUCCGGAGGGGGAAUGAAGCCCAUCUCUUCCUCCUCAGCCCCCACCUGGGGCAGCUGUCCAUCAACAUCACCAAUGCCAGCAGCCUCAUUGGGAGCGAGUGGGAGCUGGAGAUAGUGGUAGAGGACCGGGGCAGUCCCCCCUUACAGACGCGAGCCUUGUUGAGGGUCAAGUUUGUCACCAGCGUGGACCACCUCCGGGAGUCGGCCCGUGAGCCUGGGGCCCUGAGCACACCAAUGCUGACGGUGAUUUGCCUGGCUGUCCUGCUGGCUGUCUUUGGGUUGAUCUUGGCUCUGUUCAUGUCCAUCUGCCGGACAGAGAAGAAGGACAACAGAGCCUACAACUGUCGGGAGGCCGAGUCCACCUAUCACCACCAGCCCAAGCGGCCCCAGAAACACAUUCAGAAGACAGACAUUCACCUUGUGCCUGUGCUCAGGGGACAGGCAGAUGAGCCUGGUGAUGCUGCUCAGCCCCACAAGGACGCCAGCAAGGAAGCACUGCUGGACCCAGGCUGGGACCCCUGCCUCCAGGCCCCCUAUCACCUCACACCGACCCUAUACAGGACCCUGCGUAACCAAGGCAACCAUAGAGAGCUGGCAGAGAGCCGGGAGGUGCUGCAGGAAACAGUCAACCUCCUUUUCAAUCACCCGAGGCAGAGAAACGCCUCCCGUGAGAACCUGAACCUCCUAGAGCCCCAGCUGGCCAUAGGCCAGCCAUGCUCGAGGGUCCUGAAGGUUGCUGGUAGCCCCAUAGGGAGGUUGGCAGGAGACCAGGGCAGCGAAGAGGCCUCAGUGAGCCCCCCGGCCUCCUCUGCAACCCUACGGCGGCAACGGAAUCUCAAUGGCAAAGUGUCACCUGAGAAAGAACUAGGACCCCGACAGAUCCUGCGGAGCCUGGUCCGGCUGUCUGUGGCUGCCUUUGCGGAGCGGAACCCUGUGGAGGAGCUCACUGUGGAUUCUCCUCCUGUUCAGCAAAUCUCCCAGCUGCUGUCCUUGCUGCAUCAGGGCCAAUUCCAGCCCAAACCAAACCACCGGGGAAAUAAGUACUUGGCCAAGCCGGGCAGCAGUGGCAGGAAUGCAAUCCCAGACACAGAUGGUGCUGGUGCCAGGGCUGGUGGCCAGGCAGUACCGGAACAGGAGGAAGGGCCUUUGGACCCUGAAGAGGACCUCUCUGUGAAACAGCUGUUAGAAGAAGAGCUGUCAAGUCUCCUGGAUCCUCACACAGGCCUGGCGCUGCACCGGCUCAGCGCCCCCGACCCCGCCUGGAUGGCGAGGCUGUCUUUGCCCCUCACCACCAACUACCGAGACAACGUAUUCUCCCCGGAUGCUACGGCCUCAGAGGAGCCAAAGACCUUCCAGACGUUUGGAAAAACGUUUGGAAAAGUGGCAGGGCCGGAGCUGAGCCCGGCAGGCACGCAGCUGGCCAGCACCUUCGUCUCAGAGAUGAGCUCGCUGCUGGAGAUGCUGCUGGAGGGGCGCGCGGGCGUGCCGGUGGAGGCCGCCUCCGAGGUUCUGCGGCGCCUCUCCGUCUGCGGGAGGACCCUCAGUCUAGACCUGGCCACUAGCGGGACCUCGGGCUCCGAAGCGCAGGGGCACCCAGGUGGAAAGAAGGGGGCUGCGGGCAGGAGCAGCAGCAGCAGCGGUAGCAGCAGGUGCCUAUGAACACAUUUGGGGUUUCUCUGGAUCCAAGAACCCGGGGCUCUGGGUGAUGGUAGCCAGGCCCUGCUGAUCUGCGGACACGCGCUGACUUCUAAAACCUUGGAACUCACUGACCCGAGAACUUCAGGGUGACUGAUGCCGCCCCACAGAGGAGACGGGACCCCAGGACUGACACUGACCACUGACUGGUCAAUGCAACCCCUUGUGAGGGGUUCUGUCUGAGUCUUUAGGAGGAAGGGACAGUUUGUGGCUGAAAUAAGUGUUUGCUGGCAAAACACAUGUAGACCAAGGGUCUGUCCUCUGGUCUUCCAGUGACCAGGAAAUGUCACAGUAGGGAAGGAUGACCUUCUUGGAUACUGGAUGGUGAGGGGCUGGAUCCUGGGGACGCCAGGCAAUACUCUCUGACCUACUAAUAAAGGAAAAGCAAUAGCUCAUUCUCCCGUUUGCACCUGUCAAGUGUGAGGAGGGAACAGCGAGAGGAUGCUUUGUCAGCCAAUCCCUGGCAAGAAAGUCGAGCUGGGCCUGGAAGGGAGGCACGUAGGUGUGCACAGCGGCAGGUUCACAUACGAUGGGCACAUGUGCUCUGGACCCCCUCCUCUGUCACUAUUUUAUCAAAUAAUCUGCUGCUCAACUGGAAAAUGAGGGCUAAGGAAAGCACAGCUGUUUAUAGAGCACCAGGCUUUACAAUAAGAUUUAAUUUGAUUUUUCAAGGACCCUGGGAGGGAAAGAUUAUGCCCCCAUUUCACAGACAAGGAUAUGAGGCUUUGAGAGGUCAAGUGUCUUUUUUUUCUUUCCUUUUUUGGAGAAGUUUUCACUAUAGGACGCGUGUGCUCGCCAGAAA